AUGUGUUUCGUCGAACGCAUGGGAUGGCAGUGGCCACGGGAUGCGGUCCGUUUUCUCUCGGUUUCCGUCUUGGACGUCCAAGAUUAUCGAGACUGGUUGCAGAGCGAGUAUUCCGCCAAGACCGUGAACCGCCGAUUGUCGUCUUUGUCGAGUUGGUUCAAAUACCUUUCGGCGUCGGCAGCCGAGCUGCGGCUACCGAUCAACAUUCCGAAUCCGGCGCAUGCUCAAUUCAUCCCUCGCGGACAGGCCGAGCCUGAAAAGCCGGCACAAGCCCUAGGGCUGGGCACGGUUAGAAAGCUUCUAACACUGCCCGAGGGCGACGAUCCGGUGAGCCUUAGGGAUAAGGCGGUGUUGGCCCUUUUCUUCUACAGUGGUGCCCGGAUCGGUGCCAUCGCCCGCCUAGAGGUCGAGGAUCUCUACAUCGACGACGACAACGGGGCCGAGCUCAUGCUCGAAGAAAAGGGCGGCAAGACCCGCAAAAUCGGUUUGCACACCGUGGCCGCGUCCGCGGUGGCCGGCUACGUGGAGCAAUGCGGCCUGGAAUCGGGGCCGCUGUUUCGUCGAGCGAGCUCCUCGAGGAGCCGGGAGCUCGGUGACGAAGGACUCUCCACCAGGUCGCUGAGAUCUCUCCUGCGCCGGUACUACCAACAGUUGCCCGACGGCGACCGCUUUAGCCCUCACUCCGCCCGGGCCACGGUGGCGACCGAGCUCCUAGAGGCCGGUGUCGACCUGGCGAAGGUGCAAGAGCUGCUCGGUCACCGCAGCAUUACCACCACCAUGGAAUACGACAAGCGACGCCGGUCGACCAAGCAAAGCGCAUCCCACGAUUUGCCGUAUUAA